AUUCAGGGUGGAUGGGAGGGAUGUUGCUGCCAUCCCUGCCGAGGCUCCAGUGCCUCUGCUGUCGUGCCGAGUGUUUGUUUGAGGACGUUUGGCUGCUGCUUACAGGGAACCAGACACCAGGCUCCCCUCCACAUCCUGAGUCGCUUUGGUCUCCUUUAAUCCGCCAACCAGGGAUGUUACAUGGACUAUAGCGGGAGCAGGAAUAGCCAGAGGUCAGGGAAGGUGUUUUUUGUUGCAAACCUGCUGAAAAACACUUGGUCCCAUCUCCAAAUCAUGAGGAAUAUUUAUGUUCUGUGACAGACAAUCGCCAUACAUCCAUUUGUUUUUUUUGGCAUCCAACGUGCCAAUCUAAAUAUUUGGAGCAGCUCAGCAAUAAUCAGGACAACUUCUGACUCCAGAUAAACACUUGAAAACCCAGUUUGAUUGAACAUUAUCAUCCUUUUUCCACCUCCUUCACGGCUCAUGUGGCCUGGGGUCAUUUGAACUCUCAACCUGUGGGCUUGCAAGGUGUUUUUUGUGAAGAGGCGGAGAUGACAUCCCAAAAUCUUUUCGCCUCAGCCUCGUUACACAACCUGACCGAGGGAUAACCGUCGAUCCUCUGAGCGGCGCUUUUGGACCGACACACUCCCGGACACAGAGCCUCGGGCUGCAGGCAGGAUGGGGGACGGGAGCUGGGUGUGUCUGAGCCCGGCCGAGUUCACCCAGCUGCAGAAAUACAGCGAGUACUCGAGUAAGAAGCUGAAGGAUGUGCUGGAGGAGUUUCACGGGGAAGGAGUUCUGUCCAAAUACAAUCCAGAGCAGCCCAUUGAUUAUGAGGGUUUCCAGCUCUUCAUGGCCACAUACCUGGAGAUCGAUAUCCCAGAGGAGCUGUGUCAGCACCUCUUCACCUCCUUCAAGAGCAAGACCGGAGGAGGCUCCCCCGAUCACUCUCGAGCGGGAACCAGCUUACUGGGGAUAAAUGGGAAGAGCAUCCUGUCAGCGAUGGGUCGGCACACCCCGGAGCACUCUGCAGUGAUGACCACGGCGAGCUCCACCUCCCCCUGUUCAUCUCGCUCCUCCUCGCAGCGCUCAGGGAAGGGGGCCCAUACACCCGGGGGGCCCCACCGGUCCCCCUGCUCCCAGGUUAAAUCCUCAGAGGCCGGCAGCAACGCCCUGACCCCCAACGUAGGUCCUGCCCGGUCACCAGCAUCCCCCAAACUCUCCCCAGAGAGGAGUCGCUCUGAAAAGCAUUUGUCGCUGCGGAGGAGCCCGUCGCCUCAGAAGGGACCCCCCCCGCCGUCGCCCCAGGUGGUAUUCCUGAAGGACAUCGUCUGCUACCUGUCGCUGCUGGAGAGAGGGACGCCGGAGGACAAGCUGGAGUUCAUGUUCAGGCUGUACGACACAGACGGCAACGGGGUGCUGGACAGCUCGGAGCUGGAUCGCAUCAUAAAUCAGAUGGUGCACGUGGCAGAGUAUCUGGAGUGGGAUUCAACGGAGCUGCGACCGAUACUGAAGGAGAUGAUGGAGGAGAUUGACUACGACAGAGAUGGGACCGUGACUCUGGAGGAGUGGAUCAGAGGAGGCCUCACCACCAUCCCUCUGCUGGUGCUGCUGGGCAUGGAAACGAACGUACAGGAAGACGGGCAGCAUGUUUGGCGUCUGAAGCACUUCAACAAACCGGCCUACUGUAACUACUGCCACACCAUGCUGCUGGGGGUCCGCAAACAGGGCCUCUGCUGCUCCUUAUGCAAGUACACGGUGCACGAGCGCUGUGUGUCCAAAGACAUCGCCCCCUGCAUCAGUACCUACGCCAAGUCACGCAGACACACCAAUGCGAUGCAGCAUGUGUGGAUGGAGGGAAACUCUCCCACUAAGUGUGACCGCUGUCACCGCAGCAUCAAGUGUUACCAGGGCCUGACCGGCCUGCACUGCGUGUGGUGUCAGAUCACCCUCCAUAAUAAAUGUGCAUCCAACGUGAAGCCGGAGUGCGAUGGAGGUUCUCUGAGGGACCACACACUGCUGCCCUCCUACAUCUGCCCUGUGGUCCUGGACCGUCAUUCUGUGGUGAAACGUGGGGAGGGGGAGUCGCCCCCCAGCACCAGCCCCGACGACAUCAAUCAGACGUUUAAAUUCUCCCCCGGGGACGGACAGGCUCUGCAGAUCACCCCUCUCCCAGGGACCCACCCGCUCCUCGUCCUGGUCAACCCCAAGAGCGGAGGGAGGCAGGGGGAGCGAGUACUGAGGAAGUUCAGGUACCUCCUAAACCCCCGGCAGGUGUACAGUUUGGAGCAAGGGGGACCAAUGGUAGGGCUUAACUUCUUCCACGAUGUCCCUGAUUUCCGGGUGCUUGCUUGUGGAGGUGACGGCACUGUGGGCUGGAUCCUGGACUGUAUAGAUAAGGCCAACUUUUCACAGCCCCCUUCAGUGGCCAUCCUGCCUCUGGGCACCGGGAACGACCUCGCACGCUGCUUACGCUGGGGAGGAGGCUACGAGGGCGGCAGCUUGCUGAAGUUCCUCCGGGACAUCGAGCACAGCGCAGAGGUGGUGCUGGACCGCUGGAACAUCGACAUCGUCCCCGAUGACAAAGAGGAGAAAGGAGACCCCGUUCCCUACAGCAUCGUCAACAACUACUUCUCUAUUGGAGUGGAUGCCUCCAUUGCCCAUCGUUUUCAUCUGAUGAGGGAAAAGCACCCAGAGAAGUUCAACAGCAGAAUGAAGAACAAGCUCUGGUACUUUGAGUUCGGCACCACUGAGACCAUAUCGGCCACCUGCAAGAAACUCAACGAAUGCAUAGAAGUGGAGUGCGACGGUAUCAUCUUGGACCUCAGCAACACCUCCUUGGAGGGCAUAGCUGUGCUCAACAUUCCCAGCAUGCACGGCGGCUCCAACCUGUGGGGUGAGUCGAAGAAGAGGAGGAACUACAACCGCAUGAGCAAGAAAGUUCCCGACAGGAUGCCAGCCAGCACCGUCACGGACGCUAAAGAACUCAAAUUCUGCAUGCAAGACUUCAGUGACCAGCUGCUGGAGGUGGUGGGUCUGGAAGGGGCGAUAGAGAUGGGACAGAUCUACACUGGACUGAAGAGUGCCGGACGCAGACUGGCUCAGUGUGCCAACGUCACCAUCAGGACGUCCCGGCGGCUGCCCAUGCAGAUUGAUGGCGAGCCCUGGAUACAGACCCCCUGCACGAUCAAGAUCACACACAUGAACCAGGUCCCCAUUCUGCUGGGCCCGCCUCAGAAGACGCCGUUCUUCUUCUUCAAGAAACGCAACCAUAGUCGCGACUAGGACACACGCACGCACGCACACACACACACACACACACACACACACACAUAAAUACACACAGCACAUAUAUGCACAAACACACACAUGCCACCCACUGUACAGGCAGCUCCACUGUUGGGGGUUUAAAGUGGGAAGUUCAUGGAUCACAUUGUGGAACAUUCCCAAAGUCAGGAUGCCUACAGACGAUUUAUUCCCAGAGGAACCUGCCGUGACGGAAGUGAAAACUCUCAGUAACAAGUAUCGACCUUUUCCUGUGUAACCAUCAUCUGCUACUCUCCAAAACCUCCAUCCCAGUAAUAGGAUUUUCAUUUUUCUGCGCCCAAAAACUCAGCGAGACCUGCACUGCCUGCUAAACGACACUCUGUCUGCUGGGAUUCCCUUACAAAGAAGUACAGAAAGUGAAAUUGAGUUAAAGAAAGCAGGUUGUUUGAUGGGAAGUAAACAGCUCCAACACUACAGUAAGCAGGAGGAGCGGUGGCUGUAGUCCUUGUUGUUUGCAAGGCCGGUGAGUAAAUAGAGAUCCACCUCUGUCGAAACACAACAAAUGAAUAAUGAAACGUCGGCGGCUUGUAAGAGCCCUCGCUGCAGGGCCUCCCCACAGACUGACAGUGGAGAAAAGAGGAGAGCCCUCAUCCAUUAUUGACUUGUUUUGUUUGUGGGGUUGAUGGCAGCGGGGCGGAACAGCGGCCUGGUAUGGGCUGAAACAUGCAGGGAAUGAUCUUAGCCCCUGAGCAUCACUGGCCUACAAAAACACAUCCUGUAAACCGUAUUUACGCACUGUGUGGAUGAUCUGGAGGUUGACUUCAGGCAAAGGAGGUUCCUGUCCCCUUGUGCACAGAAUAAAAUGUUUUACCGUGUAAAUUAGUCUAGAUGGAAAGUAGAGAUUGCGGUUUAAGGAGAGACACUACAGGCCCAAACAUGCACUCAGUUCUCAGAUUCUGCACUACUUUUGCUUUCAUAACUUCUUUUACACAGCAGAGACAUACACAUCCAAGUGCUUGUCUUAUUAAAUGUAUCUAAUUACAUCUUUAGAUUCUCCUGAAUCAUAAAAAAGUUAGUAUUACAUAACCCUGAUUUGCAUAUUUAAACAGAACAUUUGUGUGAAUUGGUUCAUGGUGAGGUCUAUUCAAAUGAUUUCCUGUUUGGACAAAUGUAGGAGUUUUUUCAUACAUAUAUAACAUCAUGUUAGUGUUUACCAAACUUUCCAAUUUUACCCCUUGUGAAGCUUUUUACAGAGAGCUGUGUAUUUGUCAAUCAGAUCCUGAUUUAUUUAGCCUUUAUUUCCUGAAAAAUCCAGAAAUCCCUCCGAGAAAACCUUUCAGUUUAACAAAAUCAAACAAGAUUUUUUAAGUCUGGGUUGGUCCGAGGUUUAGAUUAAGCACAUAUUUAAUAACAUAAUGCCUCAUAUGCAUAUUUAAACUUAUCAUAAAACAUGUAAUACUAAAAAAUAUUGUCUUAAUGUACUCAUUAUAUUUCUCCAGCUGUAGUGUCUCUCCUUAAGAAACCCUAACAAUCCUAAUGAUAUCAACAACAGCUACUGUACACCGUGUGCCAAACAACACUUCCAGCGGGUCAGAAUUUAAAUAAAUCCCCUCAAGGGUUUAACAGCAGAGCCCUGGGGUUUUUAUUUACCAGAGCUUUGACAGGGGAACUAAACUUACCCCUCUAUUUCAGGGUCUAUCUCUCCUCUAGUGAAACUCUACGCCUAAUUACCGUGUCAAACAUCAACUCACAAUGUCAAGUGUGCAAAUCCCAGAGCCGGUCCCUACUGCUUUAAUGCAUUCACAAUGAGUUGCACCAGAUAAAAUGGGACUGUAAUGGAGGUAAAAGAGAUAUUAGCAGGACUUAUGUUUGAUGGACGAAAGGUAUGUCAUUGGGAAACUAUGGAGAGUUGAAUUCAGUGUUUUUAAAGAAUGUAUUCAUGUGACUGUCCCCACAAUAUGGCAAAGUAUAUCAUGCAGUGUGUGCAGAAGGAGUAUAUGUAUAUUUCUGGAAAGUAGGAGUAGCUCACAUAUACUAUACACACGAAUGUGUUUUUAAUAUAUCAUUGUUAUUAAUGUGGAAAUCUUAGCUUAGAGGAGUUCGGAUCAGUAUUCUUCGCCGUGCAGAGCCGCUGCAGUCUCUCUCUGAAGGCAGUUUCCCCACUUUUUCUGAUGCUCAUUGCUUUGGAUUUGUUUGGUUUUGCUUCAUCUUGGCUUGGCCUUUGUUUGAUGAAGAAACAUGCACGACAAAUGCAUCAAAAGGACAGAAUGUGUGGCAAAAAUGAUCUCUCACUUGGAGGUUUAUACAUGCUCUUCAUCGGUAAAUGGAGCCGUUAAAGUGCAUGUCGUAAAACUACACACAGAUUAGGCUGAUUGUAGGUAGGCCUAUGUAUCAGUAGUGGCGUAUGCAUGUCGGCCAAAAAGACACGAGAAAUUGCAAUGAUGAAAUGUAAUGAUGUGCGUUUCAGGGAAAUUUAACAAGAAUAACCUACAGCUAAAUGCUAUGUUACAUGCUAACAUGCUAUUUUAAGCAGGAGGGGUUCACCAUAUUUUCCAGCUUGUUAGCAUGCUAACGUUUGCUAAUUAGCACAAAACGUCAUUAUUUGUAUGAAAGUUUUGGUAAAAAGUAGUACAAUUCUGACCUCUAGGUGGCCCUGGAUUCAAAUUUCUUGCAUUGAAAUUUAAGGUCGUUCUCAUGGGCUGUGCCAAAUUACAAAUGGCAGUGUACAGACGUUGUGCUCAAACCCACCAAACUUAAGCUUGUUGUGGCGCAAGAGGAGAAGUCAUUAGAUCCCUAAAGGCAGGAGGAUUUAUCAUCUGAUGACCAACAAUAUUACAUCCAGAUAUUGUUGAGUCAAAUCAGUCUGGACCAAAGCCAAACAUACAUCAUACAAAUUGCCAUACUUAAAACCAAAACGGUAAAAUGUCACAUAAUGAAUAUCCUAACAUUUUAGGAAAUAUAACCUGACCUAACCUCACCUUUUUCUUAAUUCUCAAAAAUCGAUAUUGGCAGCGAAAUAAUGACGUAGUUAAAUGAGAUAAUGGACCUUGUGUCGUAACCCAAAAGCACCAAACCAGAGAAGCUAUGAAGUUCGGCCUGCAGCAAACUACCUUGCAGUGCCUAUGAAGAGCUGCUGCGGCGAGCAACGCGCGUUUGGGAUAGUUGAAGUCAUUGCAGCUCAGAGUCCUGAGAAAUGUUGACAUGUUACAAAGGAUUUGUUCCUGCUUUGACAUACCAGAACAAGCAUCCAGGCUGCAGAAAAAAACAACUGCUCUUUUCAAAGACCACGUAAAAGUGAGAAACUCAAAUCAUCCAUUAUGUGAUUAGAGCUAGAAGAUUGUGGGAAACUGUUUUGCUAUAAAGUGGGUUUUAACACAGAGGGAGACUGGUGGUUCAAACUGAGCUCCACUGUAGGGUCAGGCUUUAAAUGCCUUUAUACCCUUUUCCCUUUAAAAAAAAACCACUGAGACUCUUGCACCCAGGCCCCCUGAAUAGAAACAGUGUAUGGAGUGAGUCAUGUGUCACUUUUAUCCCCCAAAAAACAAAUAAGAAAUACAGCAUAUCAUAAUCCUUAAUGUUCAGGUCCACAAUGGAGCCUGGGCGCUGAGAGUACUCAGUGAGAAAAGAGUGCAUGUUUACAGUAACUUUACAUUUAUUGAGAGAACUGUUUUAGACGAGCUAUAUUACCGAGUGUAUAUAUUUGUUUAUAAUAUUUUAUCUGAAGAUGCAUCACCGCAUGCCUGCCGAGACAAAAGAAGAGUGAACAAAGAGUGAUUCAAACCUUGCUUAAAACCAUUUACCUGAUAUAUUUAUUUCUUGUAGUUUCUUUUUUCAUUUUCUGUUGGCAGCAUGUUUAGAAUCAUGUGCAAGAAAAGGAGAGAGAAGAAGAAGAAGCUGUCUUGUUCCAUUAAAACAAGGAAACAAAAGUACUAUUCCCAGAUGAAGUUCAUUGCCAUUACACCAUCCAUUGGUGAUUUAUUGUAAAAUCAAAAGGGUGGAAACACUCACGCCCGCACGGAGCCCGUCUGAGUGAAUUUCCAAUAUGUGUCACAAAUCAUGUCUAUUCCUGUCCUUUGAAGUAAUCAAUUGCCUUAACAAAUGCAUGGACGCCCUCUGAGCUCACAGCGUUGCACAGUGCUCACAAAGAUACUCAAAGAUGAUUACUUGUAGCAGCACAUUACCCUAGAAAAAAAACAAGACGGUUUUAUCCAUGUUUGGAAGACAAACAUAGUCAUUCUGGUGUCCUCCCAACCUUCAGUUAGUUUUGUUGGUUCCCUUUGUGUGCUGAUGUAAUUUGCAAUCAUUGAAAUGAAAACGAGAGAAGUGAUAUUUGCAGUUUCCUGAUAAGCUAAGGCAACAAAUCCCAUCUCACAUCUGCUUUUUAGUCCAUUUGUUUUUACUGAAUACCUUAAAAUAUCUGUGACAUUUCCACAUUAAACUGUCUCGAAACAACUAGAGCUAUGGUAUAUGUUAUUGAGUUGUGUGCUCACAUUAUCCCAAGUGUUUCCAACUGUUUGUAAACCUGGAGAUUUCUGUAAUUCAAUCAAAGUAACGGUGUGUUUCCUCUGGUCUCUUGUGAUUGACUUGUCUGCCAGAUGUUUGAGUUUGUGAUCUUGUUUUAAGCCACAUUUUACCAUACACUUAUUAGUGGUUUUCAACUCUCUAAUGAUCGGAUUUUAGUAAUCAAAAGUCUUGAUCUUAAGCUAACAGAGAAACAAGCUAAGCUAAUGUUAGCAGCAGCCAAACGGCAUCAGAGAAGCACAGAUGUUUAACAUAAAAAGGCUUUAAUUAGAGUUUUAUUGGUUUUAAUUCCAGGGUCUCUGUGUUUUGGAACAAAGGAGGCUUUACAGACAAUUCAGCUCUAGGUAAAAAAACCUGAACACCUGAACUUCAGUACCUUAAGUUAUCAGAAGUAAAACGCUAAGCUAAUGUUAGCAAAAGUGGAAAGGAAUGCGUCGGCGUUGCCUGCCAGGAGUUGUCAUCGAUUGAAUGUUUAGAUCAGAUUUUGAUCGUUCUCAACUAAAUAUUUUAACCAGAUGAAAGAUUUUUAGGCAAUGAACGUCUUCAUCCUAACAGCCAAAACAGCAGCAGAAACACAGACUGUUAAAAAAACAAGCUGAGCAAAUGUCAGCUUAAAUGAAACGGUAUCAGAGAGACACCUGAAACUGCUUUAUGUUUUGUGUCCCUUUAUUGUAGAGACUUUAAAGAUCACCUAACCUUGGUGGCAGACACCUUUUUUUUCAUGCAUUUGAUAUUAAAACGCAGGAGUUUUUAUGCAAACAUUGCUUAAACAGGACAUUUUCCGGAACAUUUCCAGUCGUGGAUGAACUCACAUUUGGUGCUCUUUGGGGUAUAUCUGGCAGAAGUACUGCAUGUAUGUUCCCAUAAGGUUUUGGCAACAAAAGUAUAUAUUGUUUAUUAAUAUUAAUUAAAUGUUGGUUUUGUUGGCUUUUCAGAGGAUUUGUUCAUCAUAUGAAAAUCACCAACCUUAUCCUUUGUUCUGUUUUGCUUCUUUUUAUUAUUGUCUUAACUGACUGAUUGUGAAAGCAGUGAAAAGGCACAUUUAGUUCAUCAGGUGCAAUAAAAUAAAAAGAAUACACACCCGGA